UUGUUUCUCUUCUUUCAUUGUGGAAGUUUGGGGUUCUCGAUUGGCCUCUCUUUGAGCCCUAAUUCGGCUUGCUGGCUGUUUUGAUCUCCUUUUUCAUUGAUUGGUUCUGUUUUGUGCUCGUCAGGUGUCUCGAGGUCUUCGAUCUCUGGAUUUCUGAUCUAUAUGGCAGUGACACUGGCUUCCCAUCGAUGCUGUUACCGUGGAUUUGAGCAGCUAGAUCGAGGAAGAAUAGCGGAUGAUCUAAGUUUCUCGGGUUCUAUCUCCAAUCUAAAAUAUCCAAAGUUUGAAACUUUUGUGGAAGAUAUUUUGGAAAGAAGACCUGCAAGGUUUGUGUCUGAAGGUCACCAGUUGGAUUCUAAUAGGGUAGGGAUCAAUGGACACUCAGUCAAGUCAAUUGGCCUUAAUGGCCGAGUCACCAGGAUGGUAUCAACAAAAGAAAUAGUGAAGAGUAAGGGUUCUUCCAAUGGGAGGAGAACUGAUUCUGUGAAUGGUUCAAAGGUGGCUGUUAACCGUGUAAGCAUAAUGAAAAAGAAUAGCACAUCAGCGUUGGUUAGAACCCAGAGAAAGCCAGUGACAGAGGAGAACUUUUUUGAUGAAGAGUUGAAAGUUUUGCCUUCUGAUGAAAAUUUUAGCUGGGCAAAAGAAAACUAUAGUUCCUGGCAAAGGACAAUAGAUGUAUGGUCUUUUGUGCUUUCGCUUCGAGUGCGAGUGCUUUUUGACAAUGCGAAAUGGGCUUAUCCUGACGGGUUCACAGAAGACAAGCAGAAAGCUAGAAGGAAAAGGACUGCUUCAUGGUUAAGAGAACAAGUGUUACAACUUGGACCAUGUUUUAUAAAACUUGGGCAGUUAUCUUCAACAAGGUCUGAUUUAUUCCCAAGAGAAUUUGUGGAUGAGCUUGCCAAGUUGCAGGAUAAGGUGCCUGCUUUUUCAUCCAAAAAGGCUAAAGCAUUCAUACAGCGUGAGCUGGGUUCACCUGUUAAUAUAUUGUUCAAAGAAUUUGAAGAACGACCUAUAGCUGCUGCUAGUCUUGGUCAGGUGCAUCGGGCUAUUCUACAUAAUGGGGAGAAAGUGGUGUUAAAGAUCCAGAGACCUGGUCUAAGGAAACUUUUUGAAAUUGACCUAAGAAAUUUAAAACUAAUAGCGGAAUAUUUUCAGAGGAGUGAAACAUUUGGAGGUCCUUCAAGGGAUUGGCUAGGCAUAUAUGAUGAAUGCUCAAAGAUUCUGUAUGAAGAAAUUGACUAUAUCAAUGAAGGAAAAAAUGCUGAUAGAUUCCGUCGGGAUUUUCGUAACAUAAAGUGGGUUCGCGUACCUCUUGUCCAUUGGGACUAUACUUCCACAAAAGUGCUAACUUUGGAGUAUGUUCCUGGAAUUAAGAUAAAUGACAUGGAAAAAAUAGAGGCACGAGGCUACAAUCGCUCUCAGAUUGCUUCUCGCGCAAUAGAGGCAUACUUAAUUCAGAUACUGAAGACUGGUUUCUUUCAUGCUGAUCCCCAUCCUGGCAAUCUUGCCAUUGAUAGGGAUGGAUCUCUCAUUUAUUAUGAUUUUGGCAUGAUGGGUGAAAUAAAAUCCUUCACAAGGGAGAGAUUACUUGAAUUAUUCUAUGCAGUUUAUGAAAAGGAUUCAAAUAAGGUUAUAAAAUGUCUCAUUGAACUUGAAGCACUUAAACCGACAGGAGACUUGUCACCGGUGAGGAGAUCUGUACAAUUUUUUCUGGAUAAUUUAAUGAACCAGAGACCAGAUCAGGAGCAAACUCUUUCUGCAAUUGGUGAGGAUUUGUUUGCAAUAGCUACAGAUCAGCCAUUCCGUUUUCCAGCUACUUUCACAUUUGUCCUGAGGGCAUUCUCAACCCUUGAAGGUAUUGGAUAUGCACUGGAUCCCAAUUUUUCAUUUGCGAAAGUUGCUGCUCCAUAUGCACAGGAGUUGCUAGACAUUAAGCAAACUCAACGAAGUGGAGCUGAACUUGUCCAAGAGAUCAGGCGGCAAGCUAAUGAUGCUAGAGACUCUACUAUAUCAAUGCCAUACAGAAUCCAGCGGAUAGAGGAGUUUGUGAAACAACUUGAAGACGGGGAUUUGAAACUCCGAGUCAGAGUACUUGAGUCUGAACGAGCUGCACGGAAAGCAUCUAUCCUACAAAUGGCUGCUAUCUACACGGUUUUGAGCGGAAGCCUGCUGAAUGUCGGAGUCUCAUUAAGUGUCCAAGGGAAUGAAUUGAUAGCAAAUGGAACAUACAUUGGUGCAGGUGUGUUCUUGGCACUUCUUAUUAGAUCAAUGCAAAGGGUGAAACAACUUGAGAAGUUUGAGAAGAUGAUUUAAUUGGUGUUUUUUUUCACAAGGAACAGUGUUACAAUCAUUAAUUUUUUUUUUAUUCUUUUACAUGUAACACCAGAAAUUACGUCGAAAAUGCAGAAGGGGACCAUUAACCCCAUUGAAGUAAAUAGAAGACGAUAAAUGUAAUAUUUGUAUAUUAUAUGUUCUUGCACAUUAAAAUAGGUUUGAUAUCCAAUGAAUGUAAUACUUUCAUUUCUUGAAAUAAAAACUAUAAUGUAGAUA